GGAUGUGUUAUGGUUAGUGAUAAGAAAAACACUGCGAUAAAUAAAUAAUAUGUAAUAAGUCUGUUAACGUUGGCAACCAGUCGACUUUGGUAAAGUGGGCUUUUCCUAAUUGACACUUAUCCGGGUUGAUGCGAGCGGAAUGUACGUGAGCAAGAGCAGCUUGAGUCUGGCGACGAGCGCGAGUCCGAUUCCUGGAAAUCUGGCGCUGCGAGAGUCGCAAGAUGACGACGUCCUUUCGGACACGCUCGCCGUCUUCCACGACUCGUACGUCAACGUGAUACCGAUCACGUCGACGACACGCAGAUCUAAAUACGUGCCGAUCUUCAAGGGCGAUCAACAGAAGCAGCAGCAGCAUGAUGAGAAAGGCACCAUCAAGCAGGUGAGAUGGGUCGAAUUGGCGGGGAAGUAUUACUUUGUCGCUCUGUCCACCAACGGGCUUCACAUUUACGACGAUGAGGCUUCGAACCUGGUGUACAGGCACGCGUGCAGGGAAACGGGAGACGAGAACAGCUACAACAUCGGGAUAUGCACGCUCAAGGGCGACGUGCUCUGCGUGGGCACGCACCUGGGUACGGUGUGGAUAUUCAAGGUCGUCGGCGACGACGAUUUCAAAGUGGUGAAUCGGGUGUACGCUCACGACGAGGCCGUCACCCUUCUGGAGGGCUACGGCAACUUCAUGGCCUCCUCCUCCGAAUUCAUCACGUACCUCUGGAGCUUCAACGACAGAGCAUUCGACAUCAUCCGGAAGAUCGACGUGCACGGCCUCCACUCGACGCCAUCCGCGCUCAGGUUCAAGUUCGGUCUGAUCGUGUUGGGUUAUGCGAGCGGCGAAUUCUGCAUUUUCGAUCUGAACGACGAGAGCUUCUGCCUGCGAACAGUCGCGCACAAGCUCAAAAUUACGGCGCUCGAUUUCGCCGCCACCUUCAAGAUCGUCACCGUCUCCAACGACUGCUACAUCAAGCUCUUCAAGUACGAGCAGCUCGCCCAAAACGUCCGUUAACCCUUGCAGACACGAAACCUUA